AUCAUGUAACUUAUAAAUAUACGUAGAAUCUAAAUAUUCACUAACUAAUGCUAGUGAGUAAUUUUAUAAACUAACUAUUAAAGGUACUCACUCUGGCUCUUAAACAUGUGGACACAGUCACAAGGUCAAACAAAAAAACAAUAAUAAGGGAAACUCCGCGUGGAAAAUGUUACCAAUGUAUUAAAAACCAAUUAACCAACGUUAAAAUAAAGCUAUCUAUAAAGAGAUCUCAUCUAUAAAUGCAUACACAAAGCAUUCGUCAUAAACCACACUCAAUUCAAACUCUAGAAAGAAUACUUUUAACAAUGGCUUCUCCUUCUUCAAACAAGCUUGUGUUCUUAGCUUUCCUUCUCCUGUUCGUAUUCUCAAACAAUCUUGUAGCUGGAAAACCCCAGAAAGUGAAACUCAAUCUUUACUACGAAUCACUUUGUCCAUACAGUCAGAAAUUCAUAAACGAUGAUCUGGUGAAACUCUUUGAGUCCGAUCUCCACAGGAUCACCGAUCUCAAGCUCGUUCCAUUCGGUAACGGAAAAGUCUCUGAUAACCUAACUGUCACUUGCCAGCAUGGUGAAGAGGAAUGUAAACUAAACGCCAUUGGAGCUUGCGCCAUAAAAACUUGGCCCAAUCCGAAAAUGCACUACUGGUUCAUAAGGUGCGUUGAAAAGGACACGAAAAACUGGGAAUCAUCAUGUUUUAAAACAUAUGGUGGUGAGAAAGCCAUAAGAGAUUGUUACUCCAGUGAUUUCUCUAAAAAACUUAUACUUGGUUAUGCAAAGCAGACUUUGAAUUUGAUGCCGAAGAAAGAAUACGUCCCAUGGGUCACAGUGAACGGCAAGCCACUCUAUGAAAAUUAUGAAGAUUUUGUGGCCCAAAUCUGCAAAGCGUACCAAGGAAAGGCUCCUCUCCCAAAAGUUUGCAAUUCUUCUGCCUCGGCAAAGAAGAAAGUGUUGAAGCUUCAAGUCUCGUAUGGUGAAGCUUUCCAUCACUGAAAAAGUACUUAUUUAACUAUGUUGGAUUUAAGCUUAUGUUUUAGGCUGAGAGUGAUUAAUAAAAUAAUAUUUGUACGACCCAUCAUCCCCUUGAUCAACACAGCAACCUCAACUAUAUAUAGUCAUUCCAAAACCCAACAUUCUAAUAAUUUUAGUGUAAAAAUCAUUCAAAACUAUCUUAUUUCAAAACAAAAUCCAAACAAAAAUCAAACCAGAAUCUUAGACAACUCCCGUAACUCCUAGAUCGUACCGGAAAAAAUGAGCAGUGGGUAAAUUGAAUUACUAGAUGAGGACAUGUUCAAGGAACUCACAGUUCUUCUCAAACCAAGCAACACAGCAGCAAAAUAAUCAUAAUCUAAUAUCAUCCUACGAAGAAUCAAUCAAUCUAUACUUCUAUACCUACCCGUUUGUGGCUUGGUGUCUCAACCAAUGUUUUCCAUCAUGCACCCACAUGCGUCGUGGCCCCUUGGCUCAUCUGAUACUGUCCACCCCACAGUCACCAUAGUCAUUUAUGCUCAUGCAUGGUAUGACAUAAACUUAACAUGCCCAAACCCGACACCACAUCAUCAUCCACGACCACACGAUGUCACAUUCUUCAAUAUCUCAUUAUCACAUUCCUCAAUAUCACAAAACCGGUUUACCUUUUGACAACCUAUCACAAUAUAUGUGCUUCAUCACAUUAACACAAAUCAACAACUAUAUCUAGAGCAUAUUAUCACAACAACAUAAUUCAACAAUAAGAUAUAGUUUAACGUUAACGAUGUACUAACACACCAAAUCAUUACAAAAGAAAAACAGAAAGUCUACAACAGGUCCUCACUUUUGCCUUACUCCACGAUACAUCCAAAUAUAGAAUAAGAAGGCAGCCAAAAAGGAUUCACGUUCGGAUCUGCCACUGGUUGAGUCUGGGAUGAAGACGAGUGAAAGAGGUUAAACGAGGCGGCGUGAGCGGUUGACAUUGGUGGCGUGAGCGGUUUACGGACGAGGCAACGAUGGCGGUCGUCAGAGCGGGGCGGCGCCAGCUGGUGGCUCGAGAUCCAGAAGAGCUUAUCUACAAAUUUCUCUGAUGAGAAAAAAGAGAAGGCAACACCUCCGUGUAAAGGGAAAAGAAGGAAAAAACCCUAGUAUUUACCUUAUCGGCCUAUGGGCAAAAAAAUCUAUUCCAUAAAGUUGGACCUAAGAUAUCAUGAUCCUCCCCUCACUAAUUAAAUUAUCAUUCCGAAUUCAACAUGAUAUUCUAUGAUUUUUAAUAACAUUUUGGGGUGACUAUUUUCAUUUGUGAUUAUGGUUCCCAAAUUUCGUUGUGGAUCCGUUACCAUCUGGUCUUCAGGUUCAAAAUGUCCGUUGACUACUGACACACAUUUACACACAUAUGCCGACCGUUUUUAGAAUCAACUCAUGUCCUCUAGCAACCUUUUGCAUUACCGACACACAAAAUCCAUUGUAAAAUCAGACAUCUUCUCAACCGAUAUGCCAUUACAUCAACCCUCUCUAUCAAUCACAAUCGGUCCCAUGUACCACAUCCUUAAAUUAAUUAACUUACAAUACAUGUCACUUCCCCUAACAUUCAUGCCAAGAUAUACUGUAUCCCCCUUCUGAUUUUUGAAUUCAACCAUUAGUAGAUACAUUUUCACUUGGAGUUCCAUUCAAGGGCUUUUUCCAAAAUUGACCUACAACUCAAAGUUAAACACAAAACUAACCUUUUUUUUUUUUUGAAAAUUGAUUUUACCCUAUUCACCCCACAAGUUCACAUAAUUCACGAAAAUGCCAUCAAAUUUUUUUUUUUCCGAAAAUGACAUUUUUACUCUCUCACCCUCAUCAUCUUCAAGUAAUUACAAGAUUGUCAUUGUCAUCAACACCCCAACCACCAUGAACAACCAAUUUGAAGCUCUUAAUGCUCCCAAAAUCGAUUUACCCUUAUUCUUUUUCUAUCCUUCUGAGCUAAACACAACAUAUCUCACUUUCUCUCCACAUUAAGCUAAAAAAACCCAAGAUUUUGAUUCUACAUUUUUUUUAUGGUUCACAGAGUCAUAGAAGUUAAC